AUGGCGAAUCGUGAAGGGAUUAAUCCCUUGCGGCCCUACUAUAUCCCUCCCUCUGGGUUAUCGCCCGCUUCAAAUGCGCCCCCUGAAGUGACAUCUCCGUCCUCGGCCCAAGUAUUUGGUAGCACAGCGCGCGACCUCAUCCCCGAUCUAGACUAUGCCGACUAUCUGGACGCCUCGCCCUCGGUCUCCGACUGGGUUCGCGAUGCAUUGAAUGGAGCACUCGUGCGCUACACCAAGGUCCUGACUGCGCAACCAUUUGAUGUCGCCAAAACCAUUCUACAGGUGUAUGUUGUGCCCGACGCCGCAGAUGAGGAGUUGGAUCGGGAGCCCACACCGGACAAGGCAGGAAGCUCGUACGACUCGGAGUCCGAGUCGUCCGAUGACGAAAGCAGCUACUUCACAUCAGCGGCCCCUCCAGCGCCAACACCGAGCACACCGCGAUCUCGCAGAUCACGACGCCAGAUCACUGACCGGAGCGGUUAUCUUCGACCCGAAUCUACGGCGAAGCCUCAGCAUGCGUUGACCCUGAAGAACUCGAAUAACCUCACCGAGGUUCUCUCCCAACUGUGGACUUCCAGUGGCCCAACCUCCCUAUGGAAGUCCUCCAACGCGACAUUUAUCUACUCUCUGCUCCUACCAACGUUGAACACAUUCAUCCGCAGCUUGCUGUCAGCUAUUGUCGGUCUACCGGAGGAUGACAUCUCCUCAUCCAUGGCAGCCGACAUCCUGACUGCAUCCUCCCCGCUGACGACGCUGGUUCUCUCCUUCGUUUCCUCCUCCCUUUCCGCUUUGAUCCUGGCUCCUAUCGACACAGCCCGCACAUUCCUGAUGCUCACGUCCGCUACGCAUGGCCCGCGGUCCCUCAUCCGAGCUAUCCGCCAGCUUCCCACUCCCAACUGCACAAUCCCCUCGCAUCUUGUCCCAAUUACCGUGCUGCACUCAAGCUUGCCAAACUUUAUAAUGACCUCUACCCCACUCUUCCUGAAAACAUACUUCUCUAUCGACCCCCUCCUCAACCCCAACACCUGGAACCUAUGCACAUUCCUCAGCUCGGGCCUCGAACUCGCAGUGCGAUUCCCUCUAGAAACCGUGCUUCGUCGUGCACAGAUCGCCACAUACACUUCUCUGAGCUUGCGCCAGAAAUCUUCAGCUGGCAGUAUUCGUGCUGCGUCGAUUGACGCUUCUGAUGUCGAGACUAUUGUCCCCACCCCGCGCACAUACCGCGGUAUCGUCGGUACAAUGUGGCACAUCAUCUAUGAGGAAGGUAUCAGCUCCACACCUUCCGAUUCCGAGCGCGCAAAUCACCUCCUCGGCAAUCCCUCCACCAGGAAGAGCCUCCAGAAGCGGCAGCAAGGCCAGGGCAUCCAUGGCCUCUACCGCGGCUGGCGCAUUGGUAUGUGGGGUAUUGCUGGUAUCUGGGGGGCCAGUUUACUGGGCGGGGUAGCAGGAGGCAGCGAAGACGAAGUGACGACAAGGGGUGGUCAUGGCCGUUCCAGCGGUGGACGGUUUUGA